AAAGAGGUUCGUUAGCAUCGCAGGCUCAAAGUUGAAAGAUGCGUUGCUUGCUAGGUGCACAGUAUCCGCUGGCAAUCCUUCUGCUGGCCAACGCCUUUAGCGCCGUGAGCUGCAUUCCGCUUCCAGAUCAAGUUCAAGACAACCCAGUCCAUUCGCCGGACGAGACUAAUUUGAGAGACGAAGUUAUACCCGACAUAGAUGUGCCGUCCGGUGUUCGCCAAGCCAGGGCUCCGCUGUUCUUUCCAUUGCCCGUUCGUGGCUACUCGAGCUUCUAUCGGCCUCAUGGAUAUUAUGGCAACAACCGCUAUGUGAGCUACCGGAGGCCAAACAGUGGUUCCAUCCUGAGCAUUUUCGGACUGCGCCUCUUCCCAGGUUCUGGAUCGUCAUCAUCGAACCCGGACCCUCACCCUCAUGUUACUGGCCCUCCCCACCCUCAUGUAACUGGCCCUCCCCACAUUCCACAUAUUCCACAUCAACCCCCACCCCAUCCACAUGUGCAACACCGUGUGUAAUUAUAGGGUUAAGUCUUUUAACAUAAUUUGACUAAACAUGAUUUCGCAAACUUAAAAUUUUAAUCUUUUAAGCAGUUAAACUCAUCAAAAUCAUUUACUAAUUAGAAUAUAUAUACUUUGUACGUUUUUGUUAAAUUAAAAAUGAUUCACGAGAAAAUACGCAGCUGUCAAUGGCUUAUUAUUUUUUUCUUAGAUGAACCCUUUUCAGAUAUAAUAAAGAGAUAUCAUUCGCUCCAAUCAGCUGCAAUGGCACAGAAAGCUAGAUAUCAACAGUUAUUUCAAUGUACUUACUGUUGAAUUAUCAUGCAAUUAUAAGGAACGCUACUGAUUAUAUGUACUUCAGUGGGUAUACGUACAGCACAAUUCUGAAUAAUUAUUUUUUCUUUCAACUGAAAUAUUUCCUGGCUGCCAUUUUGGUCCUCCUGGUACAAAAUUCCUGAACACGACCCGAAAAAAUGAAAAAAGGAUUGAGUUUUGGCAAUAUUUCAUGGUUUGUCAGUCCAGAUUUCAUUAUUGUGAAAAUAAAAUAAAACUGAUUUUUCUAGACCUAAUAAAAAGAAAAUAACGAUAAAUUCAGAGGGAACUUCAGGGAGGUCAUUGAUUUUAUUUUUCAAAUUUUGGUUUUACUGUGAGCUGACGUGAUUACAAUAAAAAAUGCUACAGUGUUUGUUUGUUUGUUGCGCACGCUUCUCGUUUUUAAACCUAUUUGCUUCUCUUAUUAUUCGUGCGUAAGCUUAAGUGGUUUCCAACUAAAAAUUGGGUGCGUUAGGAAAAACCCAAGACGCAGACAAAAGGGGUGCUUAUUGGCGAAGCAAGCGUCCGAUAAGUAUAAAAGAAGUUCGUCUGUGCUGCAGGCUCAAAGUCGAAAGAUGCUUUGCAUGCUGGGUGCACAGUAUCCGUUGGCAAUCCUUCUGCUGGCCAACGCCUUUAGCGCCGUGAGCUGCAUUCCGCUUCCAGAACAAGUUCAAGACAACCCAGUCCAGUUGCCAGACGAGACUAAUUUGAGAGACAAAGCUACACCUGAUGUUCAUGUGUCGUCCUUUGUUCGCCAAGCCAGGGCUCCGCUGUUCUUUCCAACGUUUUUUCGAGGCUACCCGAGUUUCCAGCAGCCUUAUGGAUAUCAUGGCAACAACCGCUAUGCGAGCUACGGUAGGCCAAACAGUGGUUCCAUCCUGAACCUUUUCGGACUGCGCCUCUUCCCAGGUUCUGGAUCGUCUUCGUCAUCAUCGAUCCCGAACCCUCCUCACCAUCAUAUUGACACUGGGCCUCCCCAUAUGCAUCAAGAGCCCCACAUUCCACACAUUCCACAUAUUCCCAAUCCACCCCCACCCCAUCCACAACAUCAUCAUUAAGUUUCUGCACAAAAUGAUCAAAGAUUUUCACUGUAUUCGACUUAGUUUCGUUAGAAAAUUUAUUUAUCUUUAGCAGUGUUACUCAUUAGAAUAAUUUAUAUUAAUUUGAAUAUAUUUUGUACGUUUUUUAUUAAAUCAAAUGAUUCACGAAAAA